CUUCAUUGAGAGAGAAAGAUUGAAUGAAACAACCAUGAAAUAAAACACGCAACAAACACAAGAGAGAUUUGACUCACACUUCAUACGACUUUAUGAUUGCAAAAUAAUCGCCGGAUGGCUCGCUUCUUAUUCAAAGAUUAAGCGCGAAUGCUUUGGUACCCUAAACGUCGAUCACAAAAAAAGAUUUUAACAUCUCCAUUCAAACAAACGUUUUCUUUGUCUUUGAUCGAUAGUUUAGUCCUUUUGGCUGAACGUAUGGAAACAUUUCAUAAAGAUAAAAAGAUGGAUGGUUCACAAGGUGACGUCAACAGUACCGAUACGGCCAUCCUACCAAGCAAUCCUAGACGGAACACUCUGAAAGGCAAUGCAACAGAUCAAAGUUCAUCAGAUGAUACACCUCGCGAGCUGAGAAGGAAGCCAGGUUUGCCAGAUCUAGAACGGAUGUCCGCUUCACGUCUUCGCCAUCAAGAUUCAUCAGCCACAAUCAAGACCAAUGAUCCCGAUAGCCAAUCGCCAGAUUCAUCUUUGAGAACGACAGGGCCUGGAGCCUUACGUCAAGAAAGACGUAAAAAGAGCGCUUUGCUAGAACAAGAUGUUUCAAGGAUGCGCUCCGAAUCUCGUCUUGGAGCAAGAUCAACAGACAAUUCAUUCGAAUCUGAACGAGAUCGCACUUCUUCGAAAGAUGGAUCAAAGACGCCCAUGACGCAAGUCAAAGAUGGAGGGGAGACUUCUGAUACAGAAGGAAGUGGUCCAGUAUUUGGAGACCGUCGUAGGAAGAAAAGUUCGACCAGCUCAUCAAGCAAAAAAGCUGCUGCUACGGCACGCGCUUCUCAAUUUAGAAGUGCGGGCACAGAAGUACUUCCUCGUCAUUCUGUUUCUCCUGAAGAUCAGUUCUCAAGCGGUAAAGCAUCGCGUACAUCGGCAAGACGAAGCUCAGAUGCAAAUCAAAACAAGUAUCCUUCCACAGUUGGCAGGGAAAAUACUGGCCGAAGGACCGCUCUCCCUGAACACUUUCGAGCAGGUUCACGAGCUGAUACUAAAGAUUGGACAACGACAUCAGCACCCACAGGACCAAGACGCAGUUUUGGCACAACAUCACAACACGAAUGGCCAAGCAGCAGUGAAGCGAGCGAUAAGCGAAAUGAUUCUUUGCCGUCAGCAAAUUACCGCGCCAGGCGAUUUGCUUCAGAUGCAGAUGCCGAAGAUUUGCCUGCAGGACGCCCAAGUCGAGUCUCCGUUGAUACUAGCAGCGUCUCGAGAUAUUUGGGUCGUAAUCCUACUCCCAGAACAUCUUCAGUCGUAGAAAAAGCAGACCAAGCUGAUAUUCUCUAUUCGCCAAGUGAAGCAGCACGUCAGAGGAAAGUGUCUGCUUCAUCGACAUACUCUCAUCGAUCAUCAAAUGGAACUUCAGAUCUGCACAGAAGUGCCUCACGAGCAAGCAUGCGACGUGCUCAUGGACGUGAUGUUUUCGAUGAUGUACCACCAAUGCCUGAAUUGGCAGGGCAAACAUACAGUCCACGUACUGUCGCAGCAGCUUUGGAUCAAAGGGAUAAGGAUGAGCGUAUUCAUUCAUUGCGAGAAAGGCAAAGACUGAUGACAGAUGGUGGCCGGACUACGUCAGGCUUGGAUGAUCUUCGAAUGCGGAUAGACGAAUUGACUGGCACAGGUGCCACUCGUAGUCAAUCUCGCGCAUCCAGUCGUGCUUCGCGUGCAAGAUCAAAUAUGAGCAGCACGCCUUCUACAUCAGUUGCGACUACUUCUGCGACGAGCGUUAGACCUUCUACUGAGCCAAGGAAGGCAAAUGUAUACUUUGAUCGUGCUCAAAUCGAACUUUCACCAGAAUCAAAACGGAUUGGAGCAUCUCUACGACAGAAUCAAACUUCACGUUUAGGCGUGCACCCUUAUCUUGAAACAGUUCCACGUACUCCCGAAAUUUCUCAGCAAUCAGCCAUUCGCAGAGCUACCAGCCGUCUCAGUGUUGCACAGUCGGCUGUGACUCCUGCCAACUCUAACAGCCGUCACAAUAUAGCAAAUGAUUCAAAUGGCCCACUACACGCUCGUAAUCUGCAAAGCUGCAUCGAUAAUCUUGAGCGUCAGCUUCUUCGACCUAACGGCUCAGAUUCAGCCGCUUCCGAUGUCACUCGUGAGGCUGUCCAGUUGAUUGAACGUAUGCGAGAGGCUAGUGCAACAUCUGUAGAAAUCAAUAAUGGUUUGAAGACGAUAAUUCAAGCUAUAUUAGGAUUUCAAAUCGAUGCAGAACUGGAAGGGGAUGGUCAAGAUUCCAUAGAAGCAUUUGCACAAGUCGAACGUGGUUUGGGAUCGAUUGUUAGAUGGAGCGACGAUCAGAUGCGCAGCUUGACAGAUGGUUUGAUUGCUUUUUCCGCUGUGUGGACCGCUCAUACACGCCAAAUGCUCGAUGUGGGCGAUCGAUCUACCGACUCAAUCCAUACUCGUACUCGAAUGGCUCCUCGCUACACACCCAAGAGCCCCAACAAAACAAGCCUUUUGCAAGAAGAUCGGAUUCAGAGACGAUCAUCUUUGGAUUUGCGUCGAUUGAACUCUCCUAAUGUUCGAAACACUCCUUGGUCGAAUCGCAGAGGCACUUUCGACACGACAGGUGGUCGCAAUGCUACAUCACCACAGCUCUCUCCAAAUGGAGAAGCUUCUACUGCUACCGGCACAGGCAUGACUAGUCGUAAUAGCAAUGGCUCAGAUCAACGCAGUCUUUCGGAUCGAUCUUUACGCAGGUUUACGGCUUCGGCAUUACCAGGCGAAAAAUUAAGCCCUGGAGGAUCACAUUCACCGUUCUCUAGCACAGAUUCCGUUUCGACCAAACAAUCUUCUUCACUUUGUCAAACGGAAGCGGAUUAGGAUUAGGAUUGGAAAAUGUUACUUCACGUAUUGCUCGAAGUUUAGGUCGAAAUGCAGGUCGAAGAGCAAGUCAAGAUGUUGGCACAUUGACGGAAAAUUUACGAACAUCCAAAAUUGACAACACACGAGAUGAUGUUGAUUAAAUCACAUACAAUGACACAUGACUUUUAACACAAUUUCAGAAACCUAGAUUCUCUUAUUACUGUAUCAUUACAACUUUCGCCUCCCAAUGCAAACACUAUUUUCAUUGAUACAUUGACUACAAUACUUUCUUAGCUCAAGCUUGUAUCGUCCCAUGCUUCCGGUACAAUUGCUGUAUCAACUCGUUCU